CGUCAGUUCCAUCAUCCACAGCCAUCACACACUCCCUCAAACAUCAGUCUCCCAAGCAGUAGUCUCAACAGUUCACACGUCACAAUACCCAUCUUGUGCUUCUUAUGCGCCUUGACCUGGCAUUCGAAUUGCAUAAUCUCCAUCAAAGCGCAGUCCUUAAGAGGUUGUGAUUUGUCUGGUUUGCGGAGUUUGCCGGUGGGCAGUUUCUUGACGUGGGUUUCUAGGUCGGCUGGGUGGAAGGGGUGGACUGUUGGUGCCAUUGUUUGCGCUGAUAGGUAGAGCAAUAGAGACUGUGUGUGAAGAGUGGGAUUUGGAUCAGGAGUGGAAAAGGCAAGUGGUGAGGGAAGGACAAGAUGUCGGCUGAAGAUCUGGGGACGAGGGAGCUGGGGCAGGUGAGGACGCAGAGGUUGGAUGAGCUUCUGAAUACUCUACGACUCUUGCACUCUCCAUCUGCAAAUUCGAAACUCGGCAUCCCUGCUCUGGACAAACUACUCACAGCACACACGCCACGCUUCGAUCCUACGAAUUUGUCUUCCACACCAGCGCCUCCAAUCAUCGAAAUCACAAGUCCUGGUCCCAAAUCUGGAAAGACCGAACUUUUAUACUGGAUCAUUGCAAACCUGGUGCUGGGAAGCGGGAGCCGAGAUGCGGACACGAUUGUUGAGGCCACACGGACGGACGAGCAGUCGAAGAGCGAUGCCUCAGAACCAGCAUGUGAUGCUAAAGACAAUCACGAGGAGAUGUUGGAUGAUCGUACCAUGACAGAGCAUGAAGCGACCACGGAUCCGAAUGCCACUGCAGAAACGCCAGCGAAUCUCAGAACAGCUCAAUCUGAUUAUCUCACAAACGACACCAACACCAAAAACCCACCUCUCCAGACCUCUUGCGCAAAAACACCACCAACAGCGAUCGCACUCCUGACAACUUUCCCCAUCUCCAUCCCGCGGCUCUCUCAAAUCAUCCUCUACAACCUCCUUCUCCAAAGCCCUUCCAUCCCUCUCACCAAAGCUCAAAAACACGUCCACGACACUCUCAAUCAUAUCCACAUCUACAGCCCCACAUCCUUGACAUCUGUAAUCGCCACCCUCUCCACUUUACCCUCAUACUUCCUCUCUCCGUCCAAUUUUAGCCAUUCCCGUCGACUAGGAGCUAUAAUCCUCGACUCUGCAUCUUCUUUUUACUGGGACGACCGACUCGCUUCUUCUUCUUCUUCCACCACUUCUGCCUCCACAGCAGGAGUAGGCAAAUAUCCAGCAUUAGCUUCCAUGCUAAAACGUGUAUCCACAACCCUCCAAACCCCAGUACUCUUUACAACAGACCACCUAUCUCCCCUCUCCAUCACGCCGACCUCCGAGUCUUUGACAAGAUCAAGUGGUAGAAUGGCAUUGAAACCACAAUUACCCCACCCCUGGCCAAAUCUACCUUGCCUCCAUCUCAUAAUCACUAGGAAUCAAGAAAUAGCCAGAUUUGAAAGGGAUGUAGAUGCACAAACUGCAAUAAAACAGGCAAAAACAAGCGACAAAGCCGUGUUGUUGGCUGCAAAGUUUGAAAUUACUGUUAAUGGUCAUGGAGAUGAAGGGUGGAUGGCUAUGACAAGUGGUAAUGAGGGGUUUAGUGUCAAAAUUGAUGGGAAAGGUGUAGAAAUGGUAUAUAGUCCAUAAAAGAAAGUAGAAUCCUACGAAUAAAACAAAUUUGCACCAACA